AGGUGUAGGUAAUGUUGGUUCCCGUCAUUUGCAAGCUCUUGCAGCCUUGGAUAUGGCUGUCAACAUUGUAGUUGUGGAAUCAUUCAAGCAGAGUCUUGACCGUGCAAAGUCUAUCUAUGAUAAUGAACCGAAAGCUAAUGCUAGUUCACGUGUAACAUAUCUUCAGUUAAUUGAUGACAUCACCAUUGGCUCAGCAUUUGACGUUUGCAUAAUAGCUACAGCAUCACCUCCACGACGCAAAGUGAUUGAAAGUCUACUUGAACGAUGUAAAAUCAAGCAUCUUAUCAUUGAAAAAGUUCUUUUCCAAACUGCCAAAGACCAUGAGGAUGUACAGGCCAUGUUUAUACAGUCAGGGGUGAAUGCGUACGUGCACUUACAGUGGUGUGCGAUACCCAUGUACAAAUAUAUGAAGGACCAUAUAAAGGGACCAGUUAAUUUACAUAUACAUGGCCAAGGAUGGGGAUUGUGUUGUAACAGUAUUCACUUAGUGGCAUUGGCUUCCUAUCUGAAUGAUAGUCAAGAUGUCCGCAUAGAUGGAAGUGGUUUGAAACCUGGAUAUCAAGAAUCCAAAAGAAAAGGUUUUGUUGAAGUAUUUGGUACAUUAAAGGGAGAGGUAAAAUCAAAACAUGGUAAAGCAGAUUUCACUCUGGUCUGCACAGAUGGGCCACUGACUGAAGGCAGAACUUUACAUAUAUGGAAUGACACUGUUAAAAUGUACUGGACUGAGCAAACAGGUUCUCUGUUUAGCAGCUUUGCUGCCAGUGAUUGGAAAUGGGAACGAAGAGAAUUUCCCUUCCCGUUUGUAAGCCAAUGGACUAACAAACUGGUAAAACAGCUGUUGGAAACUGGUACUAGUGAUCUACCAUUGUAUGCUGAUGUUUAUCAAAUGUCGAUAUUAUUGAAUAAUUUAUACAUAUCACAUCUUGCAGAUGCUGGUAAUGCCGAUGCUCAAGAAGGUGUUUGCCCCAUCACUUAAAUAACAUGUCUUGCCUUGUGUAUAGUGCUGGUCACAUAAAAUUGUGAGCUCUAGCAAUUGCCAAUGAGAACAAAGUUUGUUGAAAAUAUCACAAUUAGGUUUAAACCUUUUACUUUUUGAUCCUUGAGUUGAAAAUGUUAAGGCCAAACAAAAGAAAUGUUUCUAGUCAGUAUGUGCACUCACAAAAAGUGUGACCCCCCCCCCCUCACACACUUACUUUGACACUGCAUAGUGGCCUAUGUUAACAAAUUGAUUAAUCUUGCAUACGUUGUCACCGAGUAUUUGAGGGAGGAAGAAUCAAUUCAUGUUUGAAAAAUGACCUGAAAUGUAUUUUUCUUUGUGAGGCCUAGUCGUUCAUUUAAAUUUGAUUUUAAGUUUAUGAGCUAUGUGUGUGUGUACCUCCUGCUUCAUUUGAUCAAUUAUCAAAACUCAAUCUGUUCUAUGAUGAGAUGUUAUGGUCCAUCCUUUACUAGUACCUCAAUUAGAUACAGCCAAGGUUAUACCAUGAAAAUAGAAAGUGCCUGCCUAAAAUAUUUACAAAAAUGAAAGAUGGCAGUCCUAAGUCAAUAAAAAGACUUUUUUUUGUAAAUUACAUGUAAUUUUCAAUUUAAAUUGGACAAGUUUAUAAAUAUUUUGCCUGUAAAAUGAAAUGUUGUACGCAUCUCAAAUGUUGAGUGCCUGUUUAAAAUUACUAGACCAGUGGCUGGCUAAAAGCCUGGAUACAGCCAGGUGACAUUUAAAAUAUUUUGCAGUCCACACUAACAGUGGUUUAUUGUGCUGUCAUUUCUGCCUGCUGGUUCAGUAAAUAUUACUGGUUUGAAGGAUUGUCGCAUAUUGGUGUCAUAACAGAUUCGUCUUAAGUAUAAGCAUUUUUUGCAUUGACCAAUCAGAACAGGUAUUGCAAUGCGUGAUGUUAAAUGUAAUUUCACAGUACCGUUAAUACAAAAUGAUUCCCCACUGUUCAUUGAUACAAAGCGUAAAAAAAAAUUAUUCAUCUGACAGAUGAAAUUCAGAGGUUACAGAAUAAAUGAUGCAGGAAUGAAAUGUAGUAACUUCUUGUUAAUUAAGUUUAUUAUUCCAGUUGCAACAAAUUGUUUCAAUGUCUGAUAUCUACACAAUUUGUUUUUUGUUUGUUUAUUGGGAUGAUCAUAUUUUUACUUGUGUUUUGAAUUUGCAACAGCUUAUCAUCUGUUGAAUGGGUUUUAGUAAUUACUUUUCUUUACUAAAUUGUAUUGUGUAUUACUUUUGGAUGGUCAGAAGUAAUUUAGCAUUUGUAAGAAAUUAGUUACAAGAGGGAGGUAUUCAUUAUAUGGUCAGAUUCCAUGUAGGGUUUAUUUCUAUUAGCGCAUUGUUGUACUAUGUUUUUGUUUUUGAUAGUUUAGCCAAACCUGUUUUCUGCUCUUUUUUUCCUUCAUACAUGUAUAAUUUUAAAUUGGCAUUUACUAUUUAAUUUGAAUUACAUCCUAACACCAUCGCUAUGGUUACAUCUUUAACAUGUCUUACCAAGUUGUUUACAGAGCCUCAGCAGUACUUAGUCUCUAAGGGCCAAUUAGAACUAAUGUUUUUUUCUUGACGCAGCAAAGGCAUUCUUUCAUCUUUAUAAAUAUUUAUAAAUUUCAAUCGCAGUUGUAUCAAUUUAGUCGAUGAGAACAGUGCACAAUGACAUCAGUCUACAAUAUUUAAAUGUUAUUCAAUCUGUCAAUAUAAAGCCCAGUUUGAAUUGUAAAACAUAUUAACAUGAAAGGAAUGCUAUUGUUGUGCUGAGAGUACAAAAAAUGAUCUGUGUUGCUACAUGUCAUAAUAACCUGUAUUUACUAAAUUGUGACGGAAGGUUAAUUUGGAUCAGUAUUACAUAGAUUAAAAAGUAGGAGCAAUAUACAUGUAUGCUCCUCUAUAGUACAUGUGCUUCAUUAUUUUCAGUUGUAAAAAUUAACUUUAUUUCAAAAUGUUUUUGAGCUGUGUACUUAAAUUCUCAUAGCAGCAGUAUUUUUUUCUGUAAUCAAAGUUAUAUUUUGUGAUCUUAAGAGACGCAAUGUACAUAUUGAAAUCAAUUUGUGUGUAUUCAUGUCUCUUUUAGAAAGGUAUUGUUUAAAGCUAUAUUUGUUGUGCGCGUUUGAGAACCAUACUGAUCUAUGUGGUACCAACUGAAUACACUCGCAUGUGCAAAACAAUUAUAAAACAAAAUAAAUUGCACAUUUACAAGUGUAAAAUUCAAUCCUAGUUUGCAUUUGAUAUGAUUAAAGACACCAGGUGCAGUUUUUGUGCAUGUGCCAUUUGACAGAAAAAAUUUCCACUCGUUUGGUAUUGCAUAGGUUUUACUUUUUUUCUGUAUUCCACGGUAUGUAGAGAAGUUCAAGAUUUCAAUAUAAUCAGGUGCUAUUUGAAGUUUUUCUAUCUAAAGCUCAAUUUGUAUAUUUUUGAAAUUGACACAAUUUAUAAUAGAAUGCAUAUCAGUCUUGAACCAUUAUGCUAAUCAACUGCAUGUAUUCCAAAUUUUGCCAAUCUUAGAGUUGAUUUGUUGACAAUGUUGCUGCUUAGCUUCAGAAUCUAGUUUAUUUAGAACCUUGCUUAGCAUUAUUUGCUGCGUGUCUAUUCUAGUCAUUGGCAUACUGAUGUGAAUGCUCAAGCAGUUAGGCUCAAUUCAUAAACACAAGAUGGUAUAUUGUGAAAAUAUUCUCAAUUAUUUAUAUUGAUUGUAUAUUGUUACAUUUGUAGCAAUAAUUGCUCUGAAAGUUUGUGUUGCACAUAUUUGCAAUUAACUUCCUUGUAUUCGUGUCCGAUUUGUACAUUUGGAGUUCUGAUCAGUUCAUUGCAAUAAAAUUGAGCUGCAGAUUUAUGCUAA